AUGGUUAAUUGUUCAAUAUUAGCAAAGCUAAAAUCAGCUAUCACAAGAAGGACUUCAUUAACCAAACUAUCCCGCAACAGUAGCUCCAUUUCUUCCUCCUCCAAGCAACAGAAACGGGAACAAAAACGUCACGUUGUUUACGUCGGAAAGUCUCGACGACAAUAUCUCGUGAACUCCAAAAUUUUUCAGCACCCUGUAUUUCAAGAGCUAGUUGAUAGGUCUUGUUGCAAUGGUGGAUGUGAGGAUGGUGUUGUGGUUGUUUCUUGUGAGGUUGUUUUGUUUGAACAUUUGUUGUGGAUGCUUGAGAGUGCUGAAACUGAGGCACAAUUAGGGUCCAUGAAUGAACUUGUUGAGUUCUACCAUUGUGCUGCUUGUUGA